AUGUGUGGUAUUUACGCGUCGAUAUCCACGCGAGGAUUGCAAACUCCGAGUCAUGCUUUGAAACACUCUCUUUGCGACAGAGGUCCUGAUCACACAGGUUUGUCACAAUCAAGUUAUACUUCAAGUGAUGGAACACAAUACUUCUUAUCUUUUUUAUCAACUGUCUUAGCUUUGAGGGGAGAUCAUAUCACUCCACAGCCAUUUGAUGGUUCAAACGGUAUUGACGCGUCUGCUACCAACUCUGGCUCCAUCCUUUGCUGGAAUGGUGAGGCAUGGAAGGUUGGUGGUGAACUCGUUAAUGGUAAUGAUGGCCAAGUCAUAUAUGAGAUGCUUGUAAAAGCUGUUUCAACAGCUACCUCGGCAUCAGAUGCGACACUUGCUGUGGUUAAGAGUUUACGAAGCAUUUCUGGACCAUUUGCAUUUGUCUUCUGGGAUAGUUUUCACGGUUCUAUAUAUUGUGGCCGAGAUCGCCUUGGUCGCCGAUCUCUCCUUUAUGAUGUUGAUGAUGAAUCCGGGGAUCUGGGACCAACUGGAUCUAUAGAGUUUGCAAGUACAGCGGAUCCCGCCAAAGGCGAUUGGAAAGAAAUUGAAGCAGAUGGCAUUUACAAAUUUACCUGUGUUGAUAAGAAUACAUUUCCUUCAUCAAUGUCUGAUUCACAAGAUAAAUCUCUUUCGAGAUCACUAUUGCCAUAUCAAAAGUUCGAUUGGGAGGAUCCAGAAGCUGAUUCGUCGUCUCCUUCACUCGGAAAGUUCAACAAAACUAUUGAAAAUGAAAGUCAUAUACUCGGCCUUGAUUCCCCAUCAGUGAUGUCAUUACGACAUUAUUUAUGUGAGUCUCUGAAACCUAGGGUUUUGACUAUUCCCGCUCCUCCAAGUAUAGGUCACUCUCAGAAUGUCAGGCUUGCAAUUUUAUUCUCAGGUGGACUUGAUUGCACAGUUUUGGCAAGAUUGGCACAUGAUUUACUACCAUCAGAUCAAGAGAUUGAUCUUCUCAAUGUUGCGUUUGAAAAUCCUCGUGUCAUUAAAGCUGCACAAACUGGACCUCGGCUGAAGAAAGGGGCACAACCUCCGCCUCCGGAUACAACUCAAUUACUGGAUAAGAAAGUUUCUCCAUAUGAGCUCUGUCCUGAUAGAGAAACGGGGAGAAAAGCUCAUCAAGAGCUUCAAAGUGUUUGUCCUGACCGAACAUGGAGAUUUGUUGCAAUAAAUGUCCCUUAUACAGAAACAAUGGAGCACAGAGCAAAAAUUGUAGACUUGAUACAUCCACAUAACACCGAAAUGGAUUUAUCAAUAGCCUUUGCCUUAUAUUUUGCAUCUCGCGGUGUUGGUUUAGCAUCGCAAGGCAAUUCUUCCGAGGAAUCCCUAUACACAACACCUGCACGUGUUCUUCUUUCUGGACUCGGCGCAGAUGAAUUGUUCGGUGGUUAUACACGACAUGCAACCGCAUUCAAUCGAAACGGCUUCUCUGCUCUUUUAGACGAACUAGAAUUAGAUGUGAAUAGACUUGGUAAACGCAAUCUCGGUCGAGAUGAUCGUGUGAUCUCACAUUGGGGAAGAGAAGCUCGGUUUCCAUACUUGGAUGAAGAUUUAGUCAAGUGGGCUGUCGAAUCUCCUAUAUGGGAGAAAUGUGGGUUUACAUCUGAAUCACGAGGCCCUGGAACACCAGACAUAGAGCCGGGUAAGAAAGUGUUAAGACUAUUGGCUUAUGAUUUGGGUAUGACAUCAGUUGCUACUGAGAAAAAACGUGCUAUUCAAUUCGGUGCCCGAACAGCAAAAAUGGAGAUUGGACGAACGAAAGGGACUACAUUAAUCUCAUAA